AUGACGGCUCAUUUGGUUCCUUCUCUUGUUAGGAUAUCAAAUAAGACAGAGUUCGGCUUUGCUCAAGUUAUAACAGCCACAUCUACUGGGGACGAAGGGAGCUUCUCUUCAGGACAUACAGGGGAAGAAGUCCAGCAGCUUCAAGGAAAGCAGCAACAUCAGCUACAAAACCACCUCCAUGGCUCCAGUUCAGUACCUCCCAGUACCACGACUAAUAGCAAUGGCUCAAGCUCCCAGCAACAACAGCAGCCAGCUAAGAAGAAAAGAAAUCUACCUGGAACUCCAGAUCCAAGUGCGGAUGUUAUUGCUCUAUCGCCAACAACACUGAUGGCAACAAACAGAUUUGUGUGUGAAAUUUGCAGUAAGGGAUUCCAAAGGGACCAAAACCUGCAGUUGCACCGGAGAGGUCAUAACCUUCCUUGGAAGCUCAAGCAAAGAACAAGCACUGAGGUGAGAAAGCGUGUCUACAUAUGCCCUGAGCCAACAUGUGUCCACCACAACCCGGCUCGAGCAUUAGGAGAUCUUACCGGAAUCAAGAAGCAUUAUAGCAGGAAACAUGGAGAGAAGAAAUGGAAAUGUGACAAGUGCUCUAAGAAAUAUGCUGUGCAAUCUGACUGGAAGGCUCAUCAAAAGACUUGUGGCACCAGGGAAUACAAAUGUGAUUGUGGAACCAUCUUCUCCAGAAGAGACAGCUUUAUCACCCACAGAGCUUUCUGUGAUGCACUAGCUGAGGAAAACAACAAAGUAAACCAAGGAUUAAUGAACAGCAUGGGAUCAAACUUACAGGGCCAAAUGCCUGAGCUCCUGUCAUCAAUGCCCAUAAACUGCAACUCAUCGAUGGGCAUGUCCGAAUUCAACAACUAUGAUCUCAAAAACCCACUCAAGUCACCGCAAGAACUCAGUCCAACACCAUUUAAGCCCAUGAACAUGGCAGGGGGCAUGUUCUCAAGCAAUUCAGGUACCCUCUUUGGUGGCCCAAGAAACGUAUCUUCAUCAUCUUCUGGCCUUCAGCUCAGCUCGAAUAGCCCCUUGUGCUUCAAUUAUCUCCAAGAUGGUAAAAAUGGAGGCCAACUUUCUGGGUCGGCUCACAUGUCUGCUACUGCCUUGUUGCAGAAAGCAGCCCAAAUGGGUGCAACUGCAAGCAACAAUAUCAACACUUCUAUGAUGCAAAAGGGCUUUGGUAGUGGCAUGGCAGGUCCUGAUCAAAUAUCUGGCUCGAGACCAUCAUCUUAUGCUACAAUUCAGCAGCAUAAUAGCACCUACGAGAACUUCCAAACACAACCUGAUCAAUCAACUUUAGUAGGGAUCAAUAGUGGAGGGUUCACUACCCAGCUCUUGCAGAAGAGUCCACAAGAGGUUUCGGAUUUGUUUGACUCAGGUACAGCUACCUCUGCUAUGAAUGAUAUGGGAUUGUUUAGUGGAAUGUUGAUGGCAGGUGGUGAUCGAAACCAUGGAUUCAUGAAGAAUAUGGAACAUGAGGAUAGUGGCAGUUCUAAUCUGAUGCAAGGAAGAACUGCAACGAGCCGGAGUCCGGGUGUCCCCUCAAGGUUUGGAGGACAUGGAGGAGGAGGAAAUGAUAUGCUGACUGUUGAUUUCUUGGGGAUUGGUGGUGCAAGGCCCUCAAAUUUACACGAACAACAACAGCAGCAACAACAACAAAGAUUGGAUUUGGAAGCAAUGAGUCAACAGAGAAUGCAAGUAAUGGAUCCUUUCCACCAGCAGCUUUCACAUGGUGAUUCAGCUAUGGAAAAGUCCAUGUGGAAUGCUUAAGAGUAGGUGUCUUUUGUUGUUUUUCCCCUCCAGAGUCUGUUUUAGUUGUCAUUCAGAUAUAAAGCAACCCAUGGAAAAAUGUUGUUUCUUACUACGCAUGGUAAGUGUGUCAGUGAGAAGAUAGGCAAAUGCAAUUUGGCAUAGCACCCAAUUAGCCAGUGUCAGAAACUUCCUGGUUGUUUGGGAUGAACUGACCCUUGGUCAUGAUCCAGCGAGUUGGUUCUGUGUAAUCCUUGAAUAAGCCUGUUUAGAGACUUUCAGGUUACAUUGUGCCAAAAACAAAGCUGUUUGUUAUUAUCUUGAAUUUGUAGGUUCGAAAGCAGUUUCAAAAGAGUUCUCGAAGAAAUUGUUGCUUGGAUAAUGUUUGCUCAGCAGCUGAUGUAAUCUCAGUUCUCACUCCUUAACUGUUCAUUUCCUUUCUUUAUGUUUUUC